CUUUACUUUUGUUCCGCAUACUCUUCCACAUCGCAACGUUGGUUUCCAGGAACAAAAAUGGUAGAUUCAACAACUUCGUCGGAUACAGCUGAUCUGGUACUGACUAAAGACAACACUCACAAUCUGAUCUACUUCCCUUUCCAUGGUCUGGCUGGUUGCAUUCGAACGACUCUGAUCCUUUCUGGAGAACCAUACAAGUUCACAGACGUGUACCUGGCUGAUUGGCGUGCCCUAAAACAAUUGACUCCAUUUGGACACGUCCCUGUUCUGAAGGAAGAAACGCGGUCUGGCAAGGUGCUUGAACUUGCAGAGAUCAGUGCCAUUGAAAGCUUUCUGGCUAAGAGAUCAGGUCUUUUAGGCAAUGACUUUUGGCAAGAAAGUCUUAUCCGGAUGUACCACAGUUCUACACAUUCUCUUUUCACCUUUCUAGUUCAUAGCAUUGUUCAAUCUCCUAACGAAGAAGAUAAACGUACAUUCCUGAAACGUUUCAAGGAAUCAAACUUACCUUCUUGGAUUCAGGCUCAUGAAAAACAUUUGAAGGCCAACGGAUCGAAUGGUCACUAUGUAGGCGACCAAUUAUCAAUUGCAGAUAUUAAGACAGCAUCUGUGAUCGAGCAUUUGAUAUAUCUGUGCGGAAAUGAUGUCCAGAUUUCCGAAGAAAAGACUCCAGCCAUCAUGGCUGUCAAGGCCAAGCUGGAGAAGGACCCUAAAUAUGCGGAAUGGCGAGCUACCGAGCAAUAUCAAACAUACACUGCAAAGAAUAUCGGAUUCUUCGGGUUCUAGUCUUUUACAUCGUACACUAAAAUUAUAGUUUGUUAUCAUUAAAAAAAAAGGAAAAA